CUAAAGGACUAAAAGUGUAUUUGUCAAUAGUUCCGAUCAAGAGAAAAUUAUUAAGAAAUAAACCUUCUUCUUCCUCUUCUUCUUCAUGGGCCUGGUCUCCCAAAAGUCGUACCGUCAACCUCCCAUAAUCUCACUCAACAACAGCGCACACAUAGAAGAGAGUGUUCAACCAAAUCCAAUCCAUUUCCCCUUUCGAUUGACAUCAAAAUCCCUAAACCCCUCUUCCAAUUUCGUAUUCAGAUCUGAAUCUGCACAUUUUCAAUCGAUUUAAGAACAAACUUUUACUGGGUGUGGUGAUUCAUGGCUUCCCCUGGAAACCAGAACCAACAACCAGGCGGAGGACCAUUCGAUGUUCAAAGAUUCUUCAACCCUUCUUCUUCCCCACCACCAAUCACAACAAACCCUAAUACCACCUUCCAAAACCCUAACAUCCCUUAUCCUCCACCGUCCUCAGCCGCCUCGUAUCCUCCACCCACCGUCAGCGGCGCGCUUUACUCAUACUCUCCUCAAACCAACCCUCUUUACCACCCUCAAUUCCAUAUCCCAUCACCCCCUUUUCAACCGGACAACCCCAUGCCUUCCUCUAACUUACAACACCAGCGAUCCGUUCCUUAUCCUACACCCCCUCUCCAACCCCCUAGCCCUAAUAACAACCCUAACCCUAACCAUGGUGCCCGAUUGAUGGCUCUUUUAAGCGCUCCGCCACCAACCACCAUCGAUACCUCGUCACAAUCACCCAUGCCUAUGCCUCAACCUACUAAUCCUAUGCUUCCGUCAUCGUUGGUUCCUACAUUGCAUUCUGGUUCCGGUCCAUUGCGGAUGCCUAGCAGUAAACUCCCAAAGGGUCGUCAUUUGAGCGGUGAUCGUGUUUUAUAUGAUAUAGAUGUUAGGUUGCCGGGAGAGGUUCAACCUCAACUUGAGGUCACUCCCAUUACUAAGUAUGGGUCUGAUCCUGGUCUCGUCGUGGGUCGUCAGAUUGCUGUUAACAAAACCUAUAUAUGUUAUGGUUUGAAACUGGGAGCAAUCAGGGUUCUUAAUAUAAACACCGCUUUAAGAUCACUGCUUAAAGGUCUUGCUCAGAGGGUUACAGAUAUGGUUUUCUUCGCCGAGGAUGUUCAUCUUCUAGCUAGUGCUAGUAUAGAUGGACGUGUUUAUGUGUGGAAGAUUACAGAAGGCACAGAUGAAGAGGAUAAGCCACAGAUCACCGGGAAGAUAGUUGUUGCCAUUCAGAUUGUAGGAGAAGGUGAAUCUGUUCAUCCCAGAGUUUGUUGGCACUGUCACAAACAAGAAGUUCUUGUUGUAGGAAUUGGAAAACGUGUGUUGCGAAUUGAUACUACAAAGGUCGGGAGAGGUGAAGUGUACUCUGCAGAAGAACCUCUCAAAUGCCCUGUUGAUAAAUUGAUUAAUGGAGUUCAGUUUGUUGGUAGUCAUGAUGGAGAAGUGACUGAUUUAUCAAUGUGUCAAUGGAUGACUACCCGUUUGGUUUCUGCUUCAGUAGAUGGAACUAUAAAGAUUUGGGAUGAUCGCAAGUCCUCUCCGAUUGCAGUUUUGAGGCCUCAUGAUGGUCUACCUGUCAACUCUGUCACAUUCUUAACUGCUCCUCAACGCCCAGAUCACAUCAUACUUAUCACAGGGGGUCCAUUGAAUCGAGAAAUAAAAAUAUGGGCUUCUGAUAGUGAAGAAGGAUGGUUGCUUCCAAGUGAUGCUGACUCAUGGCAUUGUUCACAGACAUUGGAAUUGAAGAGUUCAUCCGAGGCUAGAGUUGAAAAUGCAUUCUUUAAUCAAGUGGUUGCAUUAUCUCAAGCAGGACUUCUCUUACUAGCAAAUGCAAAGAAAAAUGCUAUUUAUGUUGUCCACUUGGAAUAUGGUCUGAAUCCAGAAGCUACUCACAUGGAUUACAUUGCAGAGUUUACAGUAACAAUGCCAAUAUUAAGCUUCACAGGUACUAGUGAUUUGUUACCUCAUGGAGAACAAAUUGUUCAGGUUUACUGUGUCCAAACACAAGCUAUUCAACAAUAUGCUUUGGACAUGUCUCAAUGCUUACCCCCUCCAAUCGAAAGUGUUGCUGCUUCUGUUGCAUAUGAGAGAUCAGAUUCAACUGUUUCACGUGAUGCAAUUGCACCAAAUGCUGAAGUGUUAACUGGUUUGGAAGCUUCAGCUUCUGGAAAUAAGACUGAAAUACCCCUCCCUGUUUCUGUAUCAAACUCUGAUGGGAGUUCUAUUUUGAGACAACCCUCAACUUCUUCUUUACCUGAAGCUCCUCUUUCAGUUGAAACACCUCCUGUUGCAUCAAGUCCUACUUUGUCAAGAAAACUUUCGGAUUUGAAAAGUCCAGUCAGCAUCCAUGAUGAGCCAAAAGUUAUUGAAUACUCGGUGGAUGCUGCUCAUUCAAACAUGUCUAAUGACUCGAUAAUUGAUGAAAGUAAAGAUGGUGGGAAGUUUAAGCAUCCAACUCAUUUGGUAACUCCUGCUGAAUUAAUGGCGACAUUGUCCUCUGAAAUAAGUCAUGUUUCUGAGCAAAAGAAUGAUGUGGAUGCAAACAUACAGGAUGUGAUUCUAAACCCUGAUUCACAAAAUGCUGAGGUGGAAGUCCAAGUUGUUGGUGAAAGUGGAAAAAGUCAAAACCUUGAACCUGAGCUUCAUGCUUUUGCUUCAGAGCAAAUGGAGAAAUCUUUUUCAUCACAGGCAUCAGAUUUUCGGCGUGUGGAAACAUACUUUGAUAAUCCUGGAGAAAGUCAAACAGCUGGUCAAGGUCAAACUUCAGGUGGACUUGAAGAAGUUGUUCAAGAUGCAAAAAUCGAUCUUUCAGGACAAAGUGAGACAGUGAUAGUGACACCUCCCCAAGUGACUUCAUCUUCUGGAAAAGGGAAAAAACAAAAGGGAAAGAAUGUUCAAGGAUCAUCAAACUCAAGUCCAUUAAAUGUUUAUAAUUCAACAGAUUCUUCUAAUAAUGAUCCAGGAAUCAGUUCUUCAAGUGUUCCCUCUGUUGAAGCCAUACUUUCACAACUUAAUUCCAUGCAAGAAACCAUCACUCAGGUGUUACUCAACCAAAAGGAAAUCCAAAAACAGACUCCAGGAAUGGUGACAUCAUCAAUCACAAAAGAAGGACGAAAAAUCGAGGCAUCCAUUGGAAAAAGCCUGGAGAAAACUUAUAAAACUAAUUAUGAUGCUCUUUGGGUUAAAACACAAGAAGAAUUUGCAAAACAGGAAAAGUCAAACCGAGAUCGAAGUCAACAAAUCUCAGCUUUGGUUACAAAUGGCUACAAGGAGUUACUUGUAACAUGGGAGAAAAUGUUGAAGAAAGAAACAUCUGCACUUGUGACAGCUGUUGUUCGUGCUGUUUCUCCAGUUAUUGAGAAAACAGUCGCUUCAGCCAUCACAGAGGCUUUUCAGAGAGGUGUUGCUGAUAAAUCUGUAAACCAACUUGAGAAAUCUGUUAAUUCUAAACUUGAAGCUACUGUUGCAAGACAAAUCCAAACUCAGUUUCAAACUUCUGGCAAACAAGCAUUACAGGAAGCACUUAAGUCAAGUAUGGAGGGUUCUGUAGUCCCUGCUUUUGAGAUGUCUUGUAAGGCGAUGUUUGAUCAAGUUGAUGCAUCAUUUCAAAAGGGAAUGCUGGAACACACAGCUGCAGCUCUUCAGCAAACUGAGUCAACUCAUUCUCCUUUAGCACUUGCUUUGAGGGACGCGAUAAAUUCAGCAUCCUCCAUGACUCAAACAUUAAGCGGUGAACUGGCUGAUGGUCAAAGGAAGUUGGUAGCUCUUGCACUUGCAGGGGCAAAUUCGGAAUCAGUGAAUCCUUUGAUCUCCCAAAUCAGCAAUGGACCUUUAGGCAGUUUCCAUGAUAAGAUGGAAGCACCAUUGGAUCCAACAAAAGAGCUUUCAAGAUUGGUAUAUGAACACAAAUACGAGGAGGCUUUCACUUCUGCUCUUCAAAGAAGUGAUGUUUGGAUUGUGUCAUGGUUAUGCACUCAGGUUGACUUACAGGGGUUAUUAGCAAGGAAUCCUUUGCCAUUGAGUCAAGGGGUACUUUUGUCAUUGGUACAACAGCUGGCAUGUGAUAUUGGGAACGAGACAUCAAAGAAACUUGCAUGGAUGAUGGAUGUGGUUGUAGCCAUAAAGCCAUCAGAUGGGAUGAUAGCAAUGCAUGUUAGACCAAUAUUUGAACAAGUUUACUCCAUUUUAAACCAUCAACUAAGUCUCCCCACAACUUCAGUUUCAGAGCUUUCAAGCAUACGUAUUGUUGUCAAGCUUAUCAACUCCACACUCAGGACCCUGUUGUGUUGA